AUGGGUGGCCAACACCAUGCGAGGGAUCUGCAGGAGGCAUUAGAGGCCAGCCGGCCGUAUGAGCUUUUGAGUGAGCCGCUGCGGCACUGCGUGUCGCUGCCGGCGUACAGGCAGCACAGUGUGCACUUUGCUGCGAUGCGGUACCACAGCUAUCAACGCCUCCCCGACUAUUUGCGUGCCGGCAUGACGGAGCAGAGCUACUACAAGAUCCUCGUUACUCACCUGCAGGAGAAGCUUCAGCUGUACCCAUACGUGCAUAUACGCAAAGUUGUUCAAUACACGCGGGAGACACCGCUCAGCUACUACACUACGAUGAUUGCGGAACUGCUCAAGGCAGAGCGCAGCUACGACACACUACCCAACUUCACCGCGGUGGAUGUGCUGAACAGCGUUGGGAUAGGGCGGAAUCAGUACCUUGAGGUGACGAAGGAGGUGCGAAGCAAACUUCGGUGGCACAUCAACAGGCAGUUUGUGCGGACUUACCUGCCGUCUGCGCUGCUCCCGUCGGUUACGCUUCCACCGUUUUGGGGUGUCUUUGCCGUGGACAUACCGGCGGAGGCAGUCAAGAAGGCCGCUCUCAGAAACGACGAGGCCGCAUUGCACCGUCACCUUCUCAAGCUACAAACUGACAAGGACGGCAGUAAUCAUAGCAGCAAUGAGGGGUGCUGCUUCGCAUGUGAGUUUCCCCACGACUCUAUCCACGCGUUGUACCACAAGGGAUUUGUGUGUGCGACAUUCUCGGUGGCGCCGGAGGAUCAAAUUGUUGUGCCGCCACUGGAGCGCUUUGUCAUGAAUCGCACCUCCGACGACCCCACGGAGGUGUUGCUGUACAAGGUUCUUGUCACUGCUGACAAUCGCACCUCGCUGAGUUUUCUUGCGCAACUCCUGAUGCUCGACGAGGCGGACAUCUGCGCGGCGGCUCAAGUGCACAUUCGCCUCGGCCUUGCGCAGCUGAAAACAGUGCACAUUCCAGAGGAAAUAUUAGACUCCAUGGAACGCGUGCAUAAUACAUGGCGAGGUGUUGUGCAAGAGCUCGUUUCAGAGGCCUCCGCGGCGUUAGUUACUACAGGCGUUGCGUCAUCCUCAUCACUGACCGCAGAGGUCUUGGGGGCGGAGGGAAACAGAAGUAGGGGCGCGCGCGCCAACAGCAGGAGUCACCCACCAAGGCGCAUAGCGCUCAUGUACGAUGCCAGUCUUACUGGGUUUCUCAUGACAAAUUUGAGUGCCGACCCAACCUUUACACAACAUGCCGUGACGCUCUUUGAGGUGGGAAAACUAUCAGAAGAGAUGAUUGGGAGUUUUAUCGAGAAACUGGAGAAGGUGGAUCUCCAAAAGGAGCACUACCUUGGCGACGAGGCUGUGAAGUAUAUGCAUACUGUGCAGGGUUUACGCGAAGUACUCAAGACGCUGCGGCGUGUGGUAGGGCAGGAUAAGGAGUCCGGCGUGGAUAUGCUCAAGGUGGAAUCCAUGAAUGAGCUGGAACCCACAACUCGGUAUUCCGUUCUGGGAAGAAAUUACUGGGCAUACUUUGUGACCUCCCCGGUCUCGUAUGCUCCACUCAUUGAUGUCGCACUCAAUGGUGUGUAUGGCAGCACGGUGAGUCUGAUGCCGUCGCCCUGGAUGACGUUGUACCUCUAUAGCAAAAUGGGUACUGGGCCACCCUCAUUGUUGCUGCCUGUGGGGGCGCGUCUCGCGGCAUGGCCGCCGCUGCUGCAGGACACGGAAAAAAGUAUCUCCAGGCUGCGUCUGCAGCCGCUUACGAUGGAUGCAGAAGUUACAUAUGUGGAGGCUGCCACAUCAAUUAUUUUGGUGAAUGAAAUGACGGCCAUGGCACCCAUUUUGGUGCAGCGUGUGGAGGAUGUACCGCUGGAACGUGAGGUGGAGGACAUAUUUUUGGUGGAGUUACCCAUGCAUACCUCUGUGGACGUCAUGGUGCCCUUUACCGCCUCAGAUGCCGAGGCCGUGGCGUUGCUGCGCUCAGCUGUGAUGCAGCGGUCUCAGGCAGCCGCAGUUUACUUUGUUGGUUCCGACGUGAAGGAUGAGGUGGUGACCCUGGCGCGGUUUCUGGACAAGCUUCACCUGGCUGUGGAGGUGAUGCACCUGGAGGACUCCGUUGGCCAUCUGACCUUCCACGUCUCCCUUAGCGAGGUGAGCGGCGAGGGGGUGACGGCGGAACGAGCACCAUCGACGCCAACGAUGACACUGACUGACGCCGUGGCGUCCCCAGUUUCAGCAACAGCGCUGCCACACGUCAAGGCGGCGUUGUGUUACUUGUUGGGCAGCGUACACAUAACCGACAUCGGCCUGGGAAUACCCGUGACGAGCCCGGACUGCUGCGCCGUCAUGGUGCGCCACCUGGAGGCGCUGCUGGGUGAGACGCGUAGCGAGCACCACAACAACGCGAUGCGGGAGCUCGCAGCCGACUUUGGUCUCUUUUUGAGCUCCUACUCGCCGCUGACUUUAGUGGCCCGGGAAAAAAUGGCGCUUCAGUCCACUGCGGUGGCUGGCCCCUCCGCGCAGCUGCAUGUCCGGCGGCUGGGCGCGGACGGCAACGGCGGCGUGCCGUUUCCGAGCGCCAUGAUUUUAUUCGACGGGGAGCGCCUCUCUGUUGUGGAUGAAUGGGACCCUCUUGUGGAGUUGUGGCAGGUGUAA